AUGAAUAUUAAAGAUCAAUUAAGUAGUUUGGGAUGGUCAAUAAAAAUAGAUUUUUUUGAAAAAAAUACACAAGAAAUUGAUAUUAAUGGAAAACAAUUACUUGAUAGUGAUUUAAGAGAAAUCGGUGAAGAAUCUUUGCCUGAAAUAGCAAAACUUGAUCAAACAAUAAAACCAUGUAUUGUACAAUUACAUAAAACUCGCAAUGUAACAGCACCAAAAAGUAAGGAAACAUCAUCGAAUAGACCACAUCUUUAUCGAUUGACAAUAACGGAUGGACAUGUUUUUCAAAAUGCACUUAUUCUACCAUCACUUAAAAAUUUUAAUUUAGAUACACCACCUGGUGUUAAACUUUUAUUAAAACCAAAAACAAAAAUUUUACAUGGAUUUUAUAUACUAAAUGAUCAAACAUGUGAAGUACUUGGUGGAACAGUAAAUGAACUUGUUCGUACAUGGAACUUAAAUAAAUUAGUGGAUACAAAUGUUCGAACAUUAAUUGGUGAAGAAGCACCACCACCUUGGGUUCCAUUUGGUACUAAACAUGCAUCAGGAACGACAGUUGAUACUUCUAAACGUUCGAUAGAUGUAGUUAAAAUGCAAGAAACUCAUGAGGAAGAUCCAGAAUAUGUUCGUCAACGUCGGGCUGCUAUUUAUAAUCUUCUUACCGGUCAUAUUUGGAAAAAACGAAGACUUACUGAACGAAAGCUUAUCAACGGUAAAAAUGCAGCAAAAGUUUUUGAAAUAGAAAAGCAACAAAUGACAGAGAAAAGACAAAAAACGACUUCUACUUCUUCAUUGUCAGCAUCGAUUACCAAUGAACUGAUAAAUAUAGCAACAUCAACUGAAGCAAUUAAAGUUAAUAGUCGAUUAUCAAAACCGAAAAACAAAAAGAUUGCACACAAAGCAACUAAAAAUCAUGGAAAACGAGCACCAUCAAAUUGUAAACGAAUUUCUAAACGUCGACGAGGUGCUGAUGGUGAAUGCAAAAAAGGCACGUCCAAAAUUGAAGAUAUUACUCAAGUUGAUUGUUUUGUUUGA